AUGUCGACCAAGGAAGAUUACGUUGCUAAGCGGACUGAAGUAGUCGAGAAGCAUGCCGAGAUCAUUGGAGAUCCCAAAUUGGGGGGCAUCUUGAUCGAACACAAGACAAGUCCCUGGAGUAGAGGUGCAAUCCAUCUUUACACAGUAUGUCUUCUGAUCUAUCUCUGCUCGACAAUGAAUGGUUAUGAUGGCUCACUCAUGGGUUCAAUCAACGCCCUUCCUAGCUACACGGCCUACUACGGUCUUCCAGCCGAAGGGAGCAGCGGUACUGGGCUCGUAUUCGGCAUCUUCCAGAUUGGCCAGAUGAUAGGCGCGCUCUUCACGUGGGCAGCAGAUUGGCAAGGCCGAAGAUGGCCUAUCUUUAUAGGUUGCUUCGGUACCUGUGUAGGCGCAGUUGUGACAGCAACUGCUCCUACACUGACAACUUUCAUUGGCGGACGUUUCCUCCUCUCCUUUUUUUCGACUCUGGCAGCAACCGCAGCUCCACUUUACCUCAUCGAAAUAGCGCCACCUCAAUACCGUGGGACUGUGGCUGGCAUGUACAACACCCUGUACUACCUCGGCUCUAUCAUCGCGACAUGCGUUGUAUAUGGCUCUGUGCAACAGCUCUCUGACAAGGGGACGCUUCAAUGGAGACUAUCUCUCUGGCUACAGAUGCUUUGCCCUGGACUAGUGUGUCUGGGUAUAUGGUUUUGCGCGGAGUCCCCACGCUGGUUGAUAGGAACCGAUCAGCAGGACAGAGCGCGGAAGGUUAUUGCUGAGCUACAUGCGAAUGGCGAUGAGACCCACCCCCUGGUGGAGCUGCAAAUGUCAGAAAUGAGUGAGGCACUACGUGCUGAAGGAAUCAUGACCUGGAGAACCUAUUUUGAUCUUCGAGUCCUUUUCAAAACCGCUGCCCGGCGGUAUCGAAUCCUGCUUAACAUUGCUUUUGGCUGGUUUGGUCAGUUCAGCGGCAACAAUGUCGCAUCCUACUAUCUCCCAUACCUGGUUGCCAAUGUUGGCGUCACGGAUACCAACACACAGCUGCUUCUAAAUAUAAUCUAUGCCAUCGCAGGCUGGAUCCCUGCGAUAAUUGGAGCUAGGUUACACGACGUGGUAGGCCGUCGUAAGCUUCUAUUGUCAACCACUGCUGGCAUGGCGGUGUGCCUGGCUGUUGCUGCAGGUACCGCUGCAGGGUAUGUCAAAACAGAGAGUAAAGCAACGUCGGUGGCAUCUAUUGCGUUCAUCUACUUAUUCGGCUCUGUAUUCGCAUUGGGGUUCACUUCCAUGCAACCCAUCUACCCUGGUGAGGUCCUAUCGAACGAUAUGAGAGCAAAGGGAAUGGGAGUUUUCCAACUGACGGCUGGAACGGCUGGCUUUGUCAACACAUAUGCCGCUCCUGUGGCCUUGCGAAACAUUGGAUUCUGGUUCUAUGUAUUUUUCGUACUUUGGGACGUUUUUGAGUUCAUCUUCAUCUACUUCUUCUUCGUGGAGACGAAGGGACGUACCUUGGAAGAGCUUGAUUAUAUCUUUGACGCCCCCAAUCCACGCAAAGCAAGUACAAAGCGUCAAGAGGUACUCGUUACGGAAUGA